AUGGAAACAAGUCUGAGGAUCAAUUCUCCGCCGCCAUUUCCAACUUCGAGAAGCUUCGGUCGUGUUGCAGUAGAGAUUUCGAAUUGCAGCGAGGUCGGUGCAGCUGCCAUAGAAACGCCUCCAGAUUCGUGCAAGGACGAAGACACGGUGGAAGCACUGCUUCUGAAAGACAAGGAUGACAUUUCGAGGUUAAUGAAGAUGGAGCGUCGAUCGGAAAGCAGCGAUGAAUUCAAGCAUGGCGAUAAGAGGAAGCGUUGGUUUCCGUAUUUAGAUAGGUAUAGAGUUGGGGAUACCUCUUUGAGCAGUGGUGAAGUUGUGGAAGCCAUGGAUCCCUAUAUAAUGGAGGCGAGGAAGGAAAGGUUUAGGAAUGUAAUAAACAGCAGGAGCUAUUCUGUGUGCUUGGUGGUUGAAGGAUUGAGUGAUUUUGGGAAUGUUUCUGCAGCUUUCAGGUCUGCUGAUGCGCUCGGAGUUCAGUCCGUCCACGUCGUGUCCUGCGACGCCUCGAGAAGCAUUGAACUAGCAAACAUUGAGGAAUUUGGCAUAUACAUGAGUUGUUCUCUGAAAAUCAGUGAUGAAUCUAAUCUUACGCCAUUCUUGCCUGUAUAG